UUGCAUCAGCACUGGAGUAUCUGCAUCAUUAUUGCGAAACACCGGUCGUGCACUGCGAUCUCAAGCCGAGUAACAUUCUCCUGGACGAAGAAAUGUCGGCACAUGUCACCGAUUUCGGACUCGCAAGAACCCUACUAAAAAACUCACCCAAUGCUCAUCUUAGUAGCUCCUUGGACUAAAGGUUCAAUUGGCUACAUGGCUCCAGAAUACGGCAUGGGUGCUGGUGUGUCAACACGAGGCGAUGUCUACAGUUUCAGCAUAGUGAUCCUUGAGAUGUUUACUAGGAAAAGGCCCGUGGACUAUAUGUGCAGUGGAGAUAUGAAUUUGCAAAAAUGGGUUUGGACGCAUCUUCCUGGUAAUUUCCACGAUAUAGUCGACCGUGAACUUAUGCAAAAAGAACGGCAGCCGGCGGUGGCGGCAUAUGUUGACGGCAUCGGCAGUAUGCUGAAAAUCGGAUUGAUGUGUGCAAGGAAAUCGCCUGAUGAACGACCAACCAUGAGAGAGGUCUCUGUGAUGAUAAAAAAUGUCAAGGCUAGCUUAUCAGGAUAACAUAU